GUUAGUGGGAGCGGGCUUCGUAGAGAUCUAGUCCCGCAUUAGUUGGCACCCGUGUUGUGCCAUCGGGUUGACAGAGGUGGAGCACCUCUGGAUGGUCAUGGAUCGGAGUGUGCUGGCCACACGGCUCCACGGAAGAGGGUUUCAGGUGGUCGAGCCAUUGAAAUGCGCUGGUCAUGCAUCCAUCUUCCGCGUCCGUGAAAGCGAGGAAUGUGACACCGAACCCUCUGUUGCCAAGGUAGUAUGCCUUAGCGGUUUGGAUGUGCCUGGUCAACGCGCGGCACAACAAGAGGUCAGCCUUCUGAAAGGGUUGUCGGCCCAUCCAAACCUCAUUGCCUACAAGCAAAGCUUUCUGGAAGAUGGCGGUCUUUUGUUCAUCAUCAUGACCCUGGCAGAGGAUGGGGACCUUUGUCGAGUAGUCGGAGAGGCACAAGUAGCUCGCCGGGUUUUGCCCGAAACUGCAGUACUGACCUGGUUGCGCCAGACCCUUCUUGGCCUGGAGCACCUGCACAACCAGGGAGUUGUUCAUCGAGAUCUAAAGAGUUCAAACAUCUUCCUAUGCGAUGGCCGGCGACGGAUCCGCAUUGGUGACUUUGGUAUAUCCACUGUGCUGCAGAGUACAGCAUUUGCCUCCUCGUGUGUUGGCACCCCAGCCUACAUGUCGCCUGAGCUCAUGAGGAACGAGCGGUAUGACUUUCACGUGGACAUGUGGGCCCUUGGGUGCAUAUGCUUUGAGCUGUGUAGUCUUGACUUGCCCUUCGCCGCAGCUUCCUUGCUGCAGUUGGCCAUGCAGGUGAUGGAUUCUGAACCUGCCUGGGAAAAAUUGGAGGGUAGAAGUGAAGAGUUGAUCAAUGCGAACCGAUGGCUCCUUCAAAAGGAGGUCACGAAUCGGCCAACUGCAAGUUGCCUGUUGCAAGGGCCCCUUUUUGUGGCGGGUGGCCGUGCCAGCCUUGGUCCCAGUGAGGAGGAGUGGCUCAGCCUGGUGGCACCAGACCUUGAUGGUGGUUGCGACAAGAGAAGCCAAGCCACUGCAAGCACAGCGGCUUUGUCUGGCUCGGACACUUUCAGCUCCAAAGGCUUGACGAGUUUGGCGAUGGCAAUGCCAGAGGAAUCCACAAACACAAUGACUACUGCUACUACCGCGGAGACAACAAGUUUGGUGGAGACACCGGCAAUUGUCAGCUUCGAUCGCGUCUUGCAGCAAGCUCGAGAGGAGAGACACGAAUUUUCCAAAGAUGAAUUUGCUGAAAUCCUGACAACGCAUCAACAUUCCUUGUUAAAACAACUCAACACAGUCCAGCACAGCUCGCUUCUGGGCUUUGGAGAGCACAGCCGAGCUCAUCCGGGACUUUCAAACUUGAUUUUGGUCAUCCUCAGGGUGUGAGGACAGCACUCAAACUGCAUCCUAUUGCGGGCAAGAGACACCUGUGCUAGAAUGCCAUCAACAGAGGAGUCAAGUGGCAGAGACCGUCAUGUAGCAAAGCUCCAUUAGACUUGUUCUGUGAUUUCUGUUCUCUGGAUGUCUAGCUCUGAUAGUCCAAUUCAGCUUGCACGUGUAGGAAUAGUAUAGAAUAGUGCUGUUCUGGAACACCAGACGGGGUUCCGGCAUCCCACUGGCCUGCUUUGCACCAGUUGGUC